CUGCUGAUCACUGGGAAUCAGAAUGUUUGCAUACGUGAGGUACCUGGAUGACAGCUGCACGGCAGUUGUUUCAACUAGCGAAAUUAAGGACUUUAACUAUGACGUGUUUGACCAAACUCAUGUUUAUUGGGUAGCUAUGAUGGAAGCAAGACUUCUUCAGAUACACUGAUCCUGAUAAAGCAUCUGACCUGGAAAGCGAGGAGAGAAGCGGAGCAGUGCAGUCUGGAGGAGAGCAGAAGUGGAUCAGCCUGCAACUUCAUCUGCUCUACCUAUGAAGGUCAGAAGCAGAAGGUGAGAAAAAGAAGAACAGAAGGAAGCAUUAACAAACUCACAACACACGACCUGGGAACUUUUCUACUAUUCGCUACACCACUAAAGUCCAUGCGAAACAUUCCAGACAUGAGUCAUGAAUGGUGUUUUGUUAUCCUGGUCUUCUCAGAAGUAUGUGGUACAGGAGCAUAUAUUCCUCAUCGCUAUCACUUUGUGAAUGAGAAUAAAACCUGGACUGAAGCUCAGACUUACUGCAGAUUGAAUUUCACUGAUCUGGCAACCAUCAGCAACAUGGGAGAGAUGAAGAAGCUGAAUCACACACUGAUGAAGAAAAAUGCAAAGAAAGCUUGGAUUGGUCUACAGAGAGCAGGACCUGGGAGAUGGCUGUGGUCUCUGGAAGACCAAACUUUCUACAGAGACGGAGUCACUUACACAAACUGGGAUGGCAUAGAACCAAAUAAUGCUGGAGAAAAAGAGUACUGUGUGGCGUGUAAUACGAGAAAAUUAUGGAAUGAUGACCAAUGUGAAACGUUGAAACCUUUUGUAUGUUAUGAAGAAAAAAACACAAUCACUAAUAAAUAUGUAUAUAUUAGUGAUAAAAAGAGCUGGUACGAUGCUCAGACCUACUGCAGAGAGAAAUACACCGACCUGGUCAGUGUGAGGAACCAAACUGAGAAUGAAGAGAUCUGGAGUGUGAUUAAAGUUUCAGACGAUUCAGGUGUUUGGAUCGGUCUGUUUAAUGACUCCUGGUAUUGGUCAGAUCAGAGUAACUCCACAUUCAGAUACUGGAGAUCUGACAAACCCAGUGGAAGUUUGAUCUGUGCUGCAGUGUCUGAGUCUGAGCAACGUUACUGGACUGAUGUUGACUGCACAGAAAAACUCCCGUUCAUCUGCCAUGAGAAUAAACUGAUCCUGAUUAAGGAGAAUCUGACCUGGAAAGAAGUUCUGAGAUACUGCAGGAACCGUCAUCAUGACCUGGUCUCAGUUCGCUCUGAGGAGAUGCAGCUCUGGGUGAAGGAAGUGACUCAAAACGCCUCCACUGAACACGUGUGGCUCGGCCUGCGUCACACCUGCGCUCUGGGCUUCUGGUACUGGGUGAAUGGAGAGAUGAUCUGCUACCAGAACUGGGCUCCAGGUAACGGGACAGGGUCUGAAGACUGCAGUGAUGAGGAGAGAACAGGAGCAGUGCAGUCUGGAGGAGAGCAGAAGUGGAUCAGCCUGCCUCAGAGCCAAAAACUCAACUUUAUCUGCUCUACCUAUGAAGGUUUGUCACUGUAGUGUUUCUGUAUGUGUGUAUUAAGUCAGUAAGAUUUUUCUUCAUAUUCUUAUAAUAUUGCAAUUAUUUUUUUUGUUUCUUUGUAUUAUUAUUAUUAUUCAUUCUUUUAAUCCAGGUGUUUUAUCAUAUUUUAAUGUAACUCCACUGUCUCUAUACAGUAUGACCUGCAGUAUGUUAUUAUACUUACUGUUCUUAUUAAUAGCAGGUUUGUGGGUAAUUAAUGUGGAAUCUAUUUACCUGAUGUUUAAACUACAGUGUGAUGGUUUGCAGAUUUAAUUGUUUUUUAAAAUUCUUUCUCAGAAUAAAGAACUAUAACAAACUCAGCACAUUUACACCCAUGCAGGAAGUUUAGAACACCAAGACCUGCAAACAGUGAUGUUAAAAUCAUCAUUGUUCUUUUUUAUUAUUCAAAUUCUGUAAUUUUUUUGUUUGCCUUUUUUACUUGUAGUUUUUUACGUGUAGACAACUGAGUUUGUUAUCAGGAUGUUUGAAUAUUUACAUGUUGAUGGUUUCUAUAUCUGGGAUUUCUGAGCACUUGUUUCUUUAACGUGUAAGAAUAUGGAUCGUAAUGACUGCUGACAAUUUUCUUAUCAGAUAAAAAUAAA